CAAUUGCUGACGACAUAACCGGAAAUCCAAAAAUCCUCUCAAAAUCUAGGGUUUCACGGACGCUACCCUUGAGAUCCCAGUAAUCUAUUAUUUUUCAUUUUUUUGGGCUUCUAGGGACUUCUUUUUCACAAGAUUUUAUCUAAUUGGUGUUUGGUUCUCGAGUGAGUUGGCUAGGGCUUCUGCUCGUUUGGAUUGCCGGAGAGUUUUUUAUCAGCUGUUUCGGUUGUACAGGGAUUUUAGGGGGAUUUCAGGGCUUUUUCUGGUAUCGAUUGAUUUAUCGUUUUCUGAGAUUGGUGUUUUGAUUUCCGAGAAAAGAUUUUUAGGGUUUUUUUUGGAAGGAAUUGAUGGCUACGGCGGGUGAAGAAGAGUUAGAGUAUGAGAGCGAUCCAGAGGAAGUGAAACGGUCGCUGGCGAUGCGGAGGCGAGAAGCAAGUGAUGACGAGGAAGGCGAAGGAGGGGGGAGAGAGAAGCCGAGGAUGGACAGGAGGGUUGUGACUCAUUCGGACGAAUCGGACGGCCAGGGCGGGGUCGCGGAGUACGAGGAUGAUGAAGAACUAGAUGAGGAAGAAGAACAGGAAGACGAAGAAGAUGAAGAAGGGGAGGUUGAGCUGGAUGGGGAUGCAGGGGAAGAAGAAGAGGAGUUAUAUGGGGACAGAAGGAUUGAAGGAGAGACACGUGUUGGUGGUGGGGACGAGUUAGUGGUUUCAAGGUUGAAUGUUAACGAAGCGCACAGUGAUGAGAGGAUGUCUGCGGACGAUUUGGCAGAGGUGCAGGGAGAGGAUCGGGGUGAGGGGGAGGAGAAGAAGGAGAAUGAGCCCUUUGCGGUGCCCACUGCCGGGGCUUUCUAUAUGCAUGAUGAUCGGUUUAGGGACAAUGCCGGUGGUCGACCCAGGCGCACACAUGGUGGAAGGAGGUUGUGGGAGUUGCAAGAUGACCGAAAAUGGGGGCAUGAUAAGUUUGAGGAGCUGACUUUUCAGGAAAGGCAUUAUGAAGAGGGUCGGAUAAAUUCUAAGGGUCAUUAUCGAGGUCGUGGCAAAAAUCAAAGUAUUGACCGAGGGUACCCAAGAGGGAGUAGGUCUAAAGUGUAUAACAACCAAAGCCAAGCACCUAAGAGUGUGAGAGGAAGAGGGCCCAGACGAUUUGAACCCACAUUUAAAAACAAAAGUCAGGCACGACCAACUGAACGAAAACAAUCUGGGAAGCCUCCUGAGAAAACGUCACAUGCUAAUUCUGGGAGAGCUUUCAUGCCUGUGUCAAGUGUGGAAUCUGAAUCUGUUCCUGCUAGGAGGCAAGUGUUCGCAUCAAGUUUGAAUUCUGCUUCUCCUCCAUUUUACCCUUCAGGAUCUUCCAAUAAAGACAUCACUCUGAUGCAUAAAAGAGAUGUACAAGCUGGUAGUUCCAACAGGAGUUUUCACCCAACUGUUAAGGAUGAUGGUUCUUCUGUCCAACAAGCAAAUGCAUCGCGUCGAGGGAAGAACAUUGCUGAAUCUGUUGGCAUGGACAAGCUUUUUAUCGAUGAGUCCAUCAAUCCAGGUGCUGGAAAGCCUAUGACUAAUUUGCAAAUUCCGCUUUCUGGAUCUUCCUUCCUUAGUGUUACUCAAUAUCCUCCAACCAGGCCUCCGGGAAGGGGUUUAGCUAUUGCAGGACAGGUGAGUUAUCAACCCGCUCCUCCUCAUAACCAAGUCAAUAGAGUUUCUCCUUCAAAGAAUUUCCAUGCUCUUCAGAGAAGUCCUGCUCAGAGCAGAGUUCAGCCUUCUGUGCAAGCUCCUGCACAGCAGGCAAGCCAGCGUCCUGGGAGUGGUUCUCAAGCAUCCUCCCCACCAAAAACAGGUCUUUCAAUAAGUUCUUAUGAACCCAGAGAAGCUGAAUCUCCUUCAGAAUCAAGUAAAUCCAAAGUUGCAUUGGUUGGAAAUGGAAAAGUCAAUGCUCAAAGUACUGGGAGGGGAUCUGUUGUGUACGGUGGGGCUCAGGUUAUGGGAGCUACUGGGAGCAUGGCAGUUGGUCAUGGUGAUCAAAACCUCCCCGGGGCUCCAGCAUUUUUGCCAGUUAUGCAAUUUGGAGGCCAGCAUCCUGGUGGUAUUGGAGUUCCUGCUGUUGGCAUGGCGUUCCCUGGUUAUGUUCAGCCACAACUUGGUUUGGGAAAUUCUGAGAUGACAUGGCUCCCGGUUUUGGCGGGUGCAGCAGGAGCUUUAGGGGCCACAUAUUGUUCACCCUAUGUUGUUGAUGGUGCUUAUCAUGCUCGCCCCACAGGACAGACAUCUGCAACGGGUGCUUCAAGCCAAGAAAAUAAUUUGAACAAAACCAAUAAGGAAUGGAAGCCUUCACAGAGGCCUGAACCUGGGAAUGAUGAAUUUGGGCAGCGACAAAAUAAGCCUCGGAGAUACUCGGAGAUGAGCUUUGGCCAGUGAAGUACAUAGAUACUAUGGAGCAGGUUUUAAUAAGCAGAUAAAGGUUUACUAUCACCCAAUAGAGCUUUUCUGUCCUUUGGGUGCUGCAAAAAUCUGAGUUGUGAUUGCUUGGUGCUGCAGGCCUUUCUCCAGGCCCUAUGUGAUCUCUAGCUUUUGUUUUAGGGCACUUUGGGCCGCAAUGGGUUCCAUGACAUUUUAGUUAUAUAUGGCAAACACCUGCUCAUGCUGCACUAAAUAACUUGAGAAUAUUGCGGCUUGACGGGUGGCAGUUCCUUGUUUAAAAGUGCGGUUUUCUUAUGGUUUGGUUUUUUAGUGAAGCUUGUGAGAAAUGUAGGGUGGCUUCCAAAGAUAUAGAGAAAGGCAAAAAGAACAAGAUCUAUUGUGGAGCAGCUGUUUGAUCAGUGGCGUUAAUUUUUUCUAUUUAUUUAAAGGGUGUGGGUUUAAAUUUGUUUCUUCGUGACAAAUAACAAUUAUUUUGAGAGGACCUUAGACGAAUGGGAUUUUCUCCAUUAGAGGAUAGUUGCUGGCAAUGUUGCAGCUAAGAGUCUUAAAGAGUACACCAUGGGAGUGUCAGGCUGGUGUUUAGUAUUUGAUGUAAUGGGUGGUGGGUUACUGAUGUUUUAGCCGACUAUUAUUUGUGAUAACUGAUGUCUCUCUAGGCAAUACAACGCUUGGCUAUGAUUUGUUCUA